AUGUCGACCAUUACCCGCGCAUUCACCAAGCGCAACAAGCGGCCGGAAGUGUCGGCGCCCAUGCCAUAUCGCGGCGAAGGGCAUGUGCGAUUUAACUCGGGCUCCAUAAAGCGGAGCAAUAUCUCGGGUCCUGUUCAGUUAAUAUCAACCACCAACAUGCUCGCCUACAACGCUCCCGACAUCCACUCCUCCAAUUCCUCCUCCGCCUCAUCAUUGCGGUCGCGGGAUGACUCCGAUGCGGUUUCUCCGCAUAGUUAUUCGUCCUCCAUCACCACCCCCGAUGUGUCGCCACACGACUCUUCGCCUGUCGACGCGAACGCUGCUUCGUACUUCCCCAAGCGGUCUGCGACGGUGACGAGCCACCCCCGCUCCUCCACGACCUCCUCGUCAUCUAACGAUGCCCCGAUGGUCCCUCAGCGUGCUCUGUCGCACACCAAGCGAUCGCAUCAAGAGCUGGCCCGGAAGCGCUCCCAGCACCGGAUGUCGCCACCUCCAUUGGCGGCUCCACGGAGCAAUCCCACUAUCCGUGCCUCUCAGGACCUGUUUGCCCCUGAGACACAUCCGUUCAGCAAGGAGCUGGAGCAGGUCAAUGAGGUGGCGGAGGAGUUCGGUGCGACACACGUGAUGGACGAAGAAGAAAUGGUUCUGCAUCGCAAGGGAUUGAAGAAAUUCACUGUCGACGAUUACCUCACUGAGAUCGAGGAUCUCUAUGGAAGCAUCUUUGACGAUAGACUGGGUGCUAUCAGUAUGGGUCCCUGGCUAUGA